AUGGCAUUGUUUGGCCUUUCUGCUUUUAUGUUCGCCCAAAUAAACAAUUUCUUCUUCAGAAGGGACAAAUAUGAUUUUCUUAUUUUUAUUGCAAUAGCAACUGGUUCGGCUAUGUUUUUUGGAAGCUGGUUUUUGAUCCGAGUUCCUCACGAAAAUGAUGAAUCGAUUGUUUCCACAGAGGACAUCAACCAAGAUACCGAAAGUCAGUCAGGCCCGUCAAUUUCGAACCAUGAAAGCGAACCAGAAAUAGACCAUAUAGAGGAGGAACCUUUGAUUCCUAAGAAACGCCGUUUGUCAUUUCAUGAACCGGAUAUUGGCGGUUGGGAAUUGUUUAGUAAUGGAGACGCGCUACUCUUCGGUCUCACCAUGUUCUUCCUUGGUGGAACUGGAUUAAUGUAUAUCAACAACGUUGGAGUUAUUGUCAAGUCUCUAUAUCUUAAUUUGUCCCAAAAUCAAAAUUUAGAAGUUUCAAACAAUUUUUCCGAGGGAAUAUACAGCGAUAGAGCGACUCAAGAAAUUCAGGAAUUACAAAAUUUGCACCUCUGGGAGGUCAAUUAUUCAAUCUCAUUUUUGGAUACAACCACGAUCUACAUCGAAGCAAUUGUUCGGGAAGCGGAUGCUAUAACAAAGCGUUCUAUUUUA